AUGGCGCUAAAGUUUUUGAACAAGAAGGGGUGGCACACGGGAAGUCUGCGCAACGUGGAGAAGGUGUGGAAGGCGGAGCAGCGCGAGGCGGACGAACGCAAGAAGGUGGACGAGCUGCGCAAGCAGAUCGCGGAGGAGCGCGAGGCGGAGGAGUUCCAGCGCCUGCGCGAGCAGGCGGGACUCGUCCCGCUGCAGCAGCGAGUGGACUUCCUGUAUGAGUCAGGGCUGUCGACCGGCAAGGGCAUGGAGGGAGGGGGCAUGGGCGGCAUGGGAGGGGCGUCCACUGACGAGCUCAUGUCACAGAAGGUGGACUUCUCCGCUUCCGCGCACACAGGCGCUCCCCCGCCUAUUUCUAAGGUUGGUACCAUGGCAUUCCUCAUUUCCGGCCAGUGGCAAGGGCAUGGAUGGGGGCAGCAUGGGAGCGGCAUGAGUGGCAUGGGAGGGGCGUCGACAGACGAGCUCAUGUCGCAGAAGGUGGACUUCUCCGCUUCCGCGCACACAGGCGCUCCCCCGCCCAUCUCCAAUGCGUCCACUGUCCCCGACUCUCUGUUCGAAGCAGAUGAUGAGGGGAGGGGGGACCACUUUCUUCCCCCCUUACCCCUCCCCACUCCUCCCCAUUUCCCACUCUCUCCCCCCACACUCUUCUCCCCGCCCCUCGUACUGCAGGCCUCCACUGUCCCCGGCUCUCUGUUUGAAGCAGAUGAGGAGCAGGCCGGACCACCGGUGACGUCCACUGUCCCCGGCUCUCUGUUCGAAGCGGACGAGGACCAGGGCGGGGGCCCGCCGGUGGUGAGUGCGAACGAGAUGUGGCUGCGCCUGCACUCAGACCCUCUCCUGCUCAUCCCCCCUUCCCCCAAUCCCUCUUUCCCCGCACGGCAGGCAUCUACUGUGCCCGGCUCUCUGUUCGAAGCGGACGAGGACGAGCAGGGAGGACCGCCGGUGGUGAGUGCGAACGAGAUGUGGCGGCGCCUGCACUCAGACCCGCUCCUGCUCAUCAGGCAGCGAGAGCAGGAGGCGCUCACUCGCAUCAAGAACAACCCUGUUAAGAUGCAGAUGAUUCGCGCUCAGGCUGAGGCGGUUAAGGGCAAGACGCAAAGCAAGAAGGAGCGGAAGCGGGAGAAGAAAGAGAGAAAGAGGAAGCGUAAGGAGGAGCGGCGGGCGAGGAGGGAGAGGAAGAAACGGAGGAAGCGGAGCGAGAGCGAGAGUGAGAGCAGCAGUAGUGGCAGCGACAGUGACAGUGAUGAUAGUGGUCGCAAGGAGAGUGGGGAGGACAGGCGUGGUGGAGGCAGAGGGGGAGUGGAAGGGCAAAGACAAGGCGAGACAGAGCAGGGAGGGAUGGGGCAGCGUGGGAAGGAGAAAGUGCCGGAAGUGGGUGGUAGAGGGUGUGACGCAGGUGAAGGGGGAAGGCGGCAUGUGUGGGAUGGUGAGCGAGGGAGCAGGGAGGCCGAUGGCUGGAAGGGUGGCAAGGAGGGAAGGCAUGGUUGGAAUGAUGGGGAGGGAAGGAUGGAGCGUGGGAGAGGGAUGGGUGGAGAAGGCGAAGGGCGAGUUGGUGAGAGGAGAGCUGGAGAGGAGAGGAGUGAGAGGGGAUGGAAAGGUGAGAGGGACGGGAGAGGUGAGAGGGAAGGCAGAGGUGAGAGGGAGAAGAGGAAUGAUUAUGGUAGGAGUGAGAAAGAGAGGCAUAUGAGGGAGAGGAAUGAGGAAGAGGGGGGGAACAAGAGGGGGAGGCAUGGGAGGGAGAGGAGUGAGAGGGGACGGGGGGACGAGAGGGAGAGGUAUGGCCACGGGAACAGAGAUGGAAGGGAGAGAAGCGAGAGGGGAAGAGGGGAGGAGAGGAAUCCUAAUGAAAGGGAGAGGAGGGAUGAGGAUUCUGGGCCAAUGGGAAGACGGGGGAGAUGGGAAGAGCAAGGGAGAAGAGUGGGGUCGGGACGGGAAGCAGCGAGUGCACAAGAGGGAGAGGAAUGGAACGCAAGGGAUGUGAGUGAAGGAAGGAGGGAAAAGAGGGAGGGAGGGAGAGAAGGGAGUGAGGGAGAGAGAGGUGAAGCAGUGGAGGCAUUAAGAGGUGCGAGGCAGAGGCAUGACAGCCCUUCGGAGAGCGAUGGGGAGAGUGAUGGUGCGGGUGAGCGUGGGAGAGGCGGUGGCAGGGGAGGCAGUGGCAAGGGUGCAGCGCACACAGCACAGGAGGUUGGGGAGAGGAGUGGUGGAUUGUCAGCGAGGGCAGGAGGCGCGAGGCAGAGGCAUGACAGCCCGUCAGACGGCAGUGAUGGGGAUGGGGAGGGGCGCAGAGCAGCGCCGCUCUACGGCCUCUCCUUCCACCGCAUGGCCCCCUCCCCUCCUCGCUCCGCCCCGCCCGCACGCCCUGCCCAUGCACCCUCACCUGCUGCUGCUGCUGUUGCUGCCCUGGAGUCUGGUGUUAGGGUAGGCACGGGCGCGGGCAGGAGAGAGGAGGGCCCUGGCAGUGGCGGCCAGAAUAGGCCGGGGGGAGGGCGGCAGGGGCGGCAGGGGCGGGAGAAAAUGACGGAGGAGGAGAGGCGGCGGCGCCUGGCGGAGAUGGAGGAGAAUGCGGAGGCGGUGGAGGGGGAGAGGCGGGAGCGCAUCCAGUGGGCGGCGCAGCGAGAUGCACGCGAGGAGAAGGAGGGUGCUGCUGCUGCUCGUGGGACCUUCCUCCGGGAGGCGCAGAAGGAGGUGUAUGGGGCGGGCAGUGGGGCGGCAGGCGAUGCGGCGCUUCAGGCGGCGGGUACGGGCAUGUCCAUAGAGAGCAGCAUUCGCCGCCGCUCACACUUCCUGGAGAAGGGAAGGGGCGAUUCGAGUGCCUUCAGAAGAUGA